CCGCCACAAAGCGAUUUGAAUUGUGCUUCGAUCCCAUCAGUCGCCUGUCGCCAAAACCCUUGUCCAACUCGUCUCGGACAUUUGCUUCUAACAGAAGUGAUUUUUUACGUCGGUGGAACAUCCUUCGACGCAGAUCAGUGCUUUUUCGACGUUCUUAUCAGUGUUUAAUAAAUUUGCCUGGAACACGGCGCAACCCCGCCAAAAUGUCGUUAACAAAUUGCCGCUUCUACGAGGAGAAGUUCCCGGAGAUUGACAGCUAUGUUAUGGUCAAUGUCAAGCAGAUCGCCGAGAUGGGUGCGUACGUGAAGUUGCUGGAAUAUGACAACAUCGACGGAAUGAUUUUGCUUUCUGAAUUGUCGCGAAGACGUAUUCGUAGUAUUCAGAAGCUCAUCCGUAUUGGACGCAACGAAGUCGUUAUUGUGCUCCGUGUGGACAAGGAAAAGGGAUAUAUCGAUCUUUCCAAGCGCCGAGUUUCCCCUGAAGAUGUCACCAAGUGUGAGGAGAGAUAUAACAAGAGCAAGGCAGUGCACUCUAUCUUGCGUCAUGUUGCGGAGGCUACCCAGACUCCUCUCGAGACCCUAUACCAGAAGAUUGCAUGGCCCUUGGACCGGAAAUACGGCCACUCGCACGAUGCGUUCAAGAGAUCUAUCACAAACCCCGAUGCCUGGAAUGAGACCGAGUUCCCCAGCGAGGCCGUCAAGAAGGAGUUGACGCUGUACAUCAGCAAGAAGCUUACUCCCCACCCAACAAAGGUCCGUGCCGAUAUCGAGGUUACAUGCUUCGGCUAUGAUGGAAUCGACGCCGUCAAGGAGGCCCUGCGCACCGCCGAAGCCGAUAACACCGAAGAAAGCCAGGUCAAGGUUAAAUUGGUCGCCCCUCCCCUCUACGUUUUGACAAGCCAGUGCUUGGAUAAGUCCACCGGUAUCAAGAUGCUCGAGGAGGCUAUUCAGAAGAUCGAGGCCAACAUCAAGAAGUCGGGAGGUGCAUGCAUCACCAAGAUGGCACCCAAGGCCGUCACAGAACACGACGAUGCCGCCCUUCAAGAGCUCAUGGAGAAGCGUGAGCGUGAGAACAUGCAGGUCAGCGGAGACGAGGACAUGUCCGACAGUGACGAAGGCGUUCCCGAAUAAACUGUACGCAGCAGCAAUCAAAUGGCGACUUCUUAGCCGCAAGAAGCUGGGCAAGCAACCGAACUGUCUGCGCACGCUUCGAAAAGCACGAAAAAAAAAAACGAAGAACGGACGGUGGGGAACGAAGAAAAAAUUGAGUUUCAAUAUGACAUGAGUAAUGAAACGGGAGACGGUUUAAUGUGCUCACGAGCGGAAUCGGGGUCAGGAGCAGUGUCCAAGGCAAUGAUGGGGGUGUGUUGCUCUCAGUUAACUCUGAGAAUGACUUAUCCGUGAGAUGCCAUGCCACCAACACUGCUUUCCGUAUGGUGUCGAUUCGCCAUGUCAUUUGGGUGUUCCUUUUACAGCUGAACUCUGG